CGGGAGAGGAGCGGGCCGGGCAAGCUGAGCGGGGAGCGGGCAGAGAUGGCGGAGGGCGGCGAGGAGGAGGAGGAGGAGGAAGCGGCGGCGGGGGAGAAGGGAGAGAUGCUGGGCGCCCCGCCGCAGCACAACGGCUUCCUCCCCGGCAAGGAGGCGGAGAACGGCGGCCCCGGAGGAUGCACGGCGGCGGGCGGCCGCGUGGAGACGCGGCUGUCGCGGCGGCGGCUGGCGGUGCUGGCCGUCUUCAGCUGCUACUCGCUGGUGAACGCCUUCCAGUGGAUCCAGUACAGCAUCCUCAGCAACGUCUUCGCCCACUUCUACGGCGUGUCCUUCACGCAGAUAGACUGGCUCUCCAUGGUCUACAUGGUGGCCUACGUGCCGCUCAUCCUGCCCGCCACAUGGCUGCUGGACGCCCGUGGGCUGCGCCUCACCGCGCUGCUGGGCGCGGGGCUCAACGGGCUGGGCGCCUGGCUCAAGUGUGCCAGCCUGGCGCCCGGCCGCUAUGCCAUCACCAUGGCGGCCCAGGCCGUCUGCGCCGUCGCCCAGGUCUUCAUCCUCGGGCUGCCCUCGCGCGUCGCCUCCGUCUGGUUUGGCCCCUCCGAGGUCUCCACCGCCUGCGCCGUGGCCGUGCUGGGCAACCAGCUUGGCACUGCAAUUGGCUUUUUGGUGCCCCCUGUUUUGGUUCCAAAUACACCGAAUGAUAUUGAUCUAAUGGCACAUAAUAUAAGCAUCAUGUUCUAUGGAACAGCAAUUAUAUCCACACUUCUGUUCUUCUUAACAGGAGUUGUGUUUGAAGAAAAGCCUAAAUAUCCUCCUAGUCACUCUCAAGCACUUCUGCAAGCUAUGCCUCCUGAGGAUUAUUCCUACAAGCAGUCAAUUAUUAACUUAGUCAAAAAUAUUCCAUUUGUACUCUUGCUGAUCAGCUACGGCAUUAUGACUGGAGCAUUUUAUUCUGUCUCCACAUUACUAAAUCAGAUGAUAGUAACUUAUUAUGAGGGAGAAGAAGUGAACGCUGGGAGAAUUGGCUUGACACUGGUGGUGGCAGGAAUGGUGGGGUCGAUUAUUUGUGGUUUGUGGCUGGAUUACACUAAAACAUACAAGCAAACCACUCUGAUCGUUUACAUCCUCUCUUUCAUUGGGUUAGUGGUAUUUACGUUCACCCUGGACCUUGGACAUCUCAUAGUAGUGUUUGUGACUGGAGGAGUGCUUGGCUUCUUCAUGACUGGCUAUCUCCCACUUGGGUUUGAAUUUGCUGUGGAAAUUACAUACCCGGAGUCUGAAGGCACUUCAUCAGGUCUACUUAAUGCUUCAGCACAGAUAUUUGGAAUUGUCUUUACACUUGUUCAAGGGAAGCUUACAACAGACUACAGUCCUCGUGCAGGGAACCUCUUUCUUUGUGCUUGGCUGUUCGUGGGCAUUAUCUUAACAGCCUUAAUAAAAUCAGAUUUGCGAAGACACAAUGUGAAUUCAGGGAUUAUGAAUAUGGACGCUAAACCUGUACCAGUUGACAGUCCUGUAGAACAUGAAAAUUGUACUGCUUUAAAAAUCCAAUCAGAUUUAUAAAUCUGAAAGAAGAUGACUUAGAAACACACAAGUUUGGUUGAAUACUGAACAAUAUUAAAUAGUGUAAUCACUGGACUUAUAUGAGUAGUAAAAUGUAUGUGGUGAUGAAUUCAGUGACAAUUGUGCUGUGGAAACUGAAAGUGGUCAGUUCAUUUCAACCGAGAUGCAAACAACCCAACUUUGUAUGGAAUAUUCAUUUUAACAGUUUUCAAAUUUUGCAGUUUCACCAGUGAAGAACUGUCUGAAUGCUCUCCACUCUAGGAAGAAAUGCACAUCCAUGAUGCACACUGAAAAGAUCUGGAAUCCUAAAGUAUGGUCAUGAUCAGAAGUAUUUUUGAUUUCAAGGGGGAGAGGGAGGAAAGUUAAUUUCUUCUUCAGUCCUUUCUGGUGCAUUGGGAAAGUCAGAGUACGUAUAGCUGCAUGACUGAGUGUAUCCGUAUUCUUUUUUAAUUUUUUUUAAUUUUUAUUUUUUUAAAUGUCUCUGAAGUAAGCCAAUAGUCCCUUCUGGGAAACUUACCUAUAGCACAAGACUGAGAUGACUACAAAUGUGAGUUUUGAGUUUCUUUUGCCUUGAAAUUUCUUGAUGGAUACCAGAAGGCAGGUGAGGGAAAAAAAUAAAAAAACAACAAACAAAAAAACAAACCCACAACAUAUUUCUUAUUUAAUACAAUAAAAAGGAGAAAGACCAUAGAUAUCUCUACUGCGAAGUAUUUAUAGGCAAUGGAAUGCUACUGCACGGGUUUCUUCCUGAAUAUUUUGAGUGCUUUCUCAGUUAAAGUGAGAGGAAUAUGUGUUUACAAAGAGAUGGUGCCUUUACUUUGUAAAGAAGAUACAUGCCUCAUCUUGAGUUGAACUAGUGCUGCUGAAGAAAUUCCAUUUUGCAUGUUAAACUUCCUGAAUAUUUGUGGAGUAUCAGAAUAUGUGUUCUGUCUUUUUUUUCCCCAUUUAUUUCUCUGUUAUGAAUUGUAUCAUUUAUCUCCUGUGAAUUUUUUAUGCGUAUUGUAUAACUUUGUGUGCUCAUAUAUAAUGAGACAUGAUUUAUUGUUAAAAGCUGUAAGGAUGACUGAAAGGAAAAUAAUGAUGUUUUUCUCUGUCUGAGAUAUUUGCUGUUUUUGCCAUUCACUUUGUGUUGUUACACUUACCUGAAUUUGGGAUGUGGAUUUCUCACUGCAGUACUUCUGCAAAUAUUGUCCUUUCCCUUGUGCUCUGUAAACCCAACUACGGAAUUGCUAGCACUACUGUAAUGCCAAGGCUCUGCUGUUACUGAAAAGUCAAACCAGAGUUAGCAGCAUUUAGGCUUUGGCAGCCUUUAAGUUAAGCCUGCAGUUUCAGCACCAUCAAUGAUGCAGCCCCUGAGUUCCCACAGAUGUAGUGCCAUCCAGAAGGUGGAAUCCUGCUUGAAGUUCUCCAUGGAUUAAUACAGUUUGGUGUGGGGAACUGUUUAACUCCCAAGAUAGACUUUCAAUGUGAUGAGCAAAUGUUUGUUUGUUUUUUCCCCUUUAUAGAUUUAGAGAAUCUUUUUAUUAAAAGGAAGCUGUAAAUGCAUCUUUCUAAACUUAGCCUCUAAACUUUGUUCUUAAGUUGUCAUUUUGUAUGACAAACGCUUCAGACAUGAGAAGACUGAAUGGCAGUGUAUGCAUCAGGAAAAGACAGGUAUGUUUGGAACACUUGUCUUUCAAAAAAAGGGUCCAUGCCUCUUUGUGGGGUCCAGUGCUAGAGAGAGAAUUGGCACGCCUUGCUGCUUCUGGGCAGGCGAGAAGAGUCCUCUGGUGAGGGAGCUGAAUAGAGGAAAAGUAGAUAUUCAAAUGGCAGACAAAAUCAUAGGAGGGGAGGCAGAGAUAUUUUCUUUAUGUCAGUUCUUUACGUUAAAUGACUUGCUCGGAUACAAGCUGCCCCAGACAGGGCUAUAUGCACUUUCAGUCUGAGAGAGCAAAGUGAAAGUUCCUGCCUUUUGAUAUCUGUGGGGGGCUUUUGCCUUUGGAGAAGUGAUUAUACUAUGAUAUCCAUAAAACUAUUCCGCAAGACACAGAUUCAGUAAAAAUAUCACCUGUGUUCGUCGCCUGUGGUUUCUGUGUACUUCUGCUGUUGCAAAACUUUAGCAAGGCCUUCUCUCUGCAGGUUUGGGGGAAGUGCUUUCAGCUGCCCAGCGGAAAGUCCUUAGCAGUCUCCAGAAUGCUUUCUGUGUCUGGUAUACACUGUUCAAAUUGUAGGAUUGAACUCUUAUUUUUUUUUUAUUUUAUUUUCAAAAUUCCUUUCCUCACUAGUUUCCAGUAGCUUCCAGUUUCUUUAGUUCUGUUUAGUUGGUUAUUGAAAAAUAUUCCAGCCCUACUGCCUCCUUGUGUUUUUUAAUCUUCUGCCAAAUUACUUGGCUACCCCCUGAACAUGUCCAAACAAACUUUCUGGCAUGCUGGAAAGCCUGCUGGGUCCCUGAAAAUAAAAUACUUCUAAUAAUGAAGGCUUAAUUACAUCCUGGAUUUAAUACUCCUCAAAAGGAACUUGAGAGUUGGAAACUUGUGAGCAUAUAUUUAUCUGAAAGUUAUUUCUGGGCAAGGAUUAAGUAUAUAAGUAAAAGGCUCAGUAGCAAAAUGAAGAACAAAUAAACCAAUAUUUCAUGCAA